CGACUGUCACCCCACGACACGCCCGAGAUCGACUAACGACACAGGUCUGACUUAUUAUUUUCGACAUCCGCACACUUCGAUCACUCGACUAAUUUUGCGAACAAACCCCAUCGUGAUCCGUCGCCGAGAUGGCGGCCUCUGAAGAUCUUAUCGACUUCGAUAUCAUCGAAAAUCAGAAGGAAAACAUCCAAUCCCUUCCGGGUGGACGCUCUGCAAGAGAGCUUGCACGAAUUUUCUCCCCAAGAGACACCACCGACAAGUUGGCUGCCCCGUCGCCAAACGACACACGAACCCUCAACGACGCCAUCAGACAGGAAUAUGAAACAGAGCUGCAGGCGAUAGGGGAAUCCGAUGACCCGCUCGAUAUAUAUGACAGAUACGUGAAGUGGGCUUUGAAUGCAUACCCAACUGCCCAAGCGACACCUGAAUCUGGGCUCCUCCCCCUUCUGGAGCGUGCCGUGAGAGCAUUCUUAUCAUCAGCCCAUUACAAGAAUGACCCGCGUUAUCUGCGACUGUGGCUGCAUUACAUCAGACUCUUCUCUGAUUCCCCGCGAGAGACUUUUGCAUUCCUUGCCCGCCAUCACAUCGGAGAAGGACUUGCACUGUUCUACGAGGAAUUUGCAGCCUGGCUUGAGAGUGCGGGGCGGUGGACGCAGGCCGACGAGGUGUAUAGACUGGGCGUGGAUCGAGAGGCACGACCAGUCGAACGACUGGCACGAAAAUAUAGCGAAUUUCAACAUCGAUACGAACACCGUACUCAAGACAGCGGACCAUCGUCGCCUGCCCUUCCCAAAGUUCGUCCAGCGCUGGCCGCCAAGGUCGAUCCAUUCGCUUCCGCCAGUGCAACCGAAGACCCACAACAACAGGAGCCUUCUCCUGCACCGGCUCCCAAAACCAAGUCUGGUAAGCCGAAAAUGGCCAUCUUUUCCGAUGCCGAUUCGGCGCCAGCAAGCCAGCCCGCUUUAGGUGGCCCGACAAAGGGCUGGGAUAGCAUUGGAUCAAUGGAGGAUCGGAGAAAGGAGAAUAAGAUGGAGGCCAAGCCAAUGGCAGGUGAAACACUCAAGGCUGGAAAGAAAGCAGCGCCCAAACAGAAAAUGGCGAUUUUCAGGGAUGAGUCAAAUUCAAAUAUACAAGUCAAAGAGACAAAGCAGUCUCCGAAAAUUCCAGAGCAUCACGUAAGAGAAGCGGUAAACCCGCGAACUGGCAGACGAGAGCGCGUCUUUGUCAAUCUCGAAGCAGUGUAUCCUGACUACAGAAAUCCCAACCACGAGAUCAGUUUUGAAGAAUUGCGAGCUAUAAACCGUGGAUGGAUGGACAAGGAUUGGCGCUCACACAAAGAGCCUCUGAGACAGAUAUCUGGAAAUGCUUCUACAGACCUACCAACACAACCUGUUGCAAGCGCCUCCGAUAAAGACUUACCAGAGCAAUUCGAUCAGAAACUCAGUAUUAAUGAAGCAUCCCCUCAAGCUUCCCGCCAGACAAUUCAAGGCGAUGCGGGAGAUUCUGGGAAAGCACGGAAACCGAGAGUUCGUGAGGUGAAGGGAGAAACACAGACAGUCAAAAUGAAUUUCGACUCCCCCACGAAGAAAAAGGUUAAGCGUAAGAGCACUGCUCCUGCGGAGCCCACCAUGACUAUGCAUACGCGAGCUGCAACGGAUGAGAUUUAUAGCAUUUUUAAUCAGCCAUUGAAGGCAGAGUCGGAGAAUAAUGGGGAUGACAGUGACUACGAUGACGACGACUAUACAAGCGCCGGGGAAAGCACUGUCACUGGGCGAAUAUCCAUCGCUUCCAGUGAUUUUGGAGACGAUGAAACUGGCACGUUUCACCAAUCCUACGACGAGGAUGGUUUUGACGAUAAUACCCGGGCUGAAAGUGUGGUUGAUGGUGAAUGGACUGAAUUCACUGUCAGCAAGGACGUACCUGGACUUUCCCCCGUGCAUUCACAGGCCGAUGAUUUUGAUGACACUCAGGUUGGUGGGGAAGGUUCUGUUAGCGAGGGAUAUGAAAGAGAAAGAUUUGUCCCAGAGAUGCCCGACGAUUAUGAUCCUCCUUAUGGCCCAUACCGUGACCCUGCAAUCAUGGCCCAGAAUCGAUUGCCUUUCAUGACGCCCAUUGUCGAGCGGACAGAGCAUUCAUUUCCCUCGAUGACGGCCGCCAGAAGCCAUCUCUACAAUGCGAAGACUCCUUCCAAGCCUAUGCCCGACAUCGAUCAAACCCCCCCAGGAAUUCCACAAAUGGACGAUCUCCUUCUUGCAACACCUCUUGUGCCCGGAUCACCGACCCAAGGCGGGAACUUUUCUCUCGCUGAAGAAGUAACACAGAGUCCGACAGCGAAGAAGGCACGCUCCAGCCCAAGGGUCUUGUCGAAUCGUCCCAGCCAGCGAGGCGCAGUUAUCAAGGAUGCGCAGUGUAAUCCCACCGACAAAGGCAUUCGCAACACCAUCAUCAAGUCGCUGAGUCCCCCACUCGAAUCAUACCGCGGUGUUUAUGCCCACCCUGCAGAGGAAAGCAACUACACACCUACCAUCCAGAAGUUCUUGAAAGCACAGCACAAGCGUCCUAAGAGCGGUGACGAGGCAUCGUUCGAGACACCAAUUCUUGAACUCCCAGGGGCUGAGAGAAGCUACAUCAUCAGACGAGAACUCGGGGCUGGUGCUUAUGCUCCAGUAUACCUGGCAGAAAGUGUUGAUAUUUUUGAAGCCUACCCAUCUUCCGACUCCGAUGUCGAAAACGCAGACGAAAACAGUAGAGAUUCCCUUCGCAUUCGCUCGAAACAGACACAACGCAAACCCCGGCGCUAUGGAUUCGAGGCAAUCAAAUUGGAAGUUGGACCCCCAAAUCCGUGGGAGUUUUACAUGAUCCGAAUAGCGCACGAGCGUUUGAACCGUUACCCAGAGCUAUCCCGUGCCGCUGACAGCAUUGUCCAUGUCCACGAACUGCACGUUUUCAGAAAAGAAAGCAUUCUGGUCGAAGAUUACCGCGGCCAGGGGACGUUGCUGGAUCUUAUCAACACUAUUCGCAGCGAACCGACCAUGGCAAACCACAGCGGAGAAGGAGGGUUGGAUGAGUGUCUGUCAAUGUUCUUUACUGUCGAACUCUUCAGAACCGUGGAAGCGCUUCAUGCAUGUGGCAUUUUGCAUGGUGACAUCAAGGCUGAUAAUUGCCUCGUCCGAUUGGAUGACAAGUCAGCUACACCUCCGACUACCUCGCCCAUUGAUAUGGGCGAUGAGAACGUGUGCGAUCCGCGUGAUGUGCAUUAUUCUCCUCGUGGUUUGCAUGGAUGGCGUAACAAGGGCUUGGCGCUUAUUGACUUUGGCCGCGGCAUCGACAUGCAAGCCUUCCAGCCCUCGGUCCAGUUCCUUGCCGAUUGGGAAACCGGCAACCACGAAUGCAAUGAAAUCCGCGAGAAGCGCCCAUGGACUCACCAAAUCGACCUCUACGGUCUUGCGGGCACGGUUCACGUCAUGCUUUUUGGAAAAUACAUCGAGUCGGUUUCCGCGCGGAGGAGCGAGGGGCCUGCCAGCCCUAACGGCCACGGAGGCAGUUUUGGCGGCGCUAAUGUGAGGAAGUAUCGCAUUCGGGAGAUGCUUAAACGGUACUGGGACCGAGAGAUUUGGAGUGAAGUUUUCGAUCUUCUUUUGAACCCAGGUGCUGAGCGGUGGACUCAAAUGGAACACGAAGGAGAGCUUCCUGCCGCUCCCUUUGAUGAGAACGUGGCACCUGGUAGUGAACCAGUGAUUCCUGUGCUCAAGUCCAUGAGAUACGUCCGCGAGAAGAUGGAGGCGUGGUUACUGGCCAAUGCGGAGAAGAAAGGCCUCGCCUUGCAGAUUAAAAAGUUGGAGGCUAUUUUUGCGGAGAGGAAGAAGAAAUUGGAGAGAUGUUAAUCUGAUAUCCCAUCCUUCGCUUCUUUCUGGCAAUUUGCGUUUUUUGUUCUUGUUUUUUCGUUUCUGCCCUACAUAAUGAUCCAUCACGAUUGCUACCUAUACCCCCUCCCUUAUCACGCUUUAGAGCGUUGGCGUUGGAAGUGAUUUAUUUGCACUACUUUUUUUUUUUGUUUCUAUUUCAG